AUGACACCUCCAACUUCCACGAGUGGAGGUGUGCCACGAAUCCCCUCAUGGAAACGAUUAGGCUUGAAGUUGAAAUCGGCCCAAGAUUCCUCAGAUUCCAAUUCUCAAGCUUCAAUUACCGAACCUCUUAGAGAGAUCGAGAUCGUCAAUAGGAAAAGACCGAGAGAUAUCGAGUCAGAGCACGAAACGUCUUCGAAAAAGCCGAGAAAUCUCAACUCUUAUCCUAUCUCUGAACUACAACGGCCCGUCGCUCCCGAUUCAAUUACUACACCUAAAUCUAGCAAUAAGAAAUCAGUUACAUUCACCCCAGAGACAAAAUCACAAGAUGGCGAUAGUAUAAAACAGUUAUACUUGAGUUGGGUAGCCGAUCAAAAGGCCCAAGACGACUUUUUCUACGGUCCUUCGACGACUGAAGCUCUUGAAACUCCCGCACAAAAUAUAGUCGAAGAACAGUUCGAUACCACACUUCCAGAGAAGGAACGGAGGGUCAAAAGAGUCAAGAAGCCAAAACCAGAAGACAAAGCACAAAAUGGUACGACUGAGAAGGAUUCGAAGCCUCAGAAGUCAGUAAAGAAGUCGAAAGUCUCGAAACCCACCGCCGCCCCACGUCCAUUUUUAGCCUAUCUAAGACAGUAUCACGAAUCGAGGGAGACUUGGAAGUUCAAUAAGAACCAUCAAAACCAUCUUUUGAAACACGCUUUCGACGUCGAGGUUGUUCCUUCCGACCACGCUUAUCUCCUCUACGAGUACGUAAGAGGCUUGCAAGGAGGGGUCAGAAGAAGACUUCGAGACGAGGCGUUGGCCGUCAAGGUGAAAGAUCGAGAGUCCGACGCUUCGGGAUUUCCAGCAACGAUGUCGGAAAGUAAUAAACGACAAAGGGAAUACGACAUUGCUAUGAAUGAGUAUGUUGCGUCAAUGACUGCUGCCGGCGCAUCAUCUCAGAUAGGGUAUGAGGAAGGUGUUCUUAUGGGGCUGUCAGACGCAGCAAUGGCUCCGAGAAUGGCCAAAAGAAUGAGAGCCGAACAAAUUCUUGCCGAAUUGAGCUCCUCGUCCUCAGAAGAGACAACUGAUACGCAAACUACAGAAACGGAAUCUAUGGUCACGGACGGAGAACCACGAUUGCGAUUAAACGAUGAUAUCACUCAAAAGAUCGGAAGAAAGAGAAAGCAACGGACACUUGCCGCUGAUGAUUCGAGCUCCUCUGACUCGGACUCGAGUAGUGACUCGGACGACAGCAGCUCCGAGGACGAAUCGACUGCCAAUGGUGACAAAACAAAUGAAUCAUCUUCCAGUUCAUCUAGCAGUUCGUCUGGUUCGGGUAGUGAUGAUGAGGGUUCAUCCAGUGAAGACGGGUCAAGCAGCAGUGAGAGUGAGGACAGUGAGGACGGCAUUCAAUAG